CACAUUUCAAAUAAAAUUGUGUUUUUACGUGGACGUAUUGUUGUAAUUUAUGUAUUUAAUUAAAUAAAACAUAGCUAAAUUGAUAAAAACUGUGUUAAACUUUAUUACCCAGUGAUAACGGCCACGUGGAAUGAUCUUCCAACGCCGCGUUUUAACCAAAAUGCGUGCAACACCAGUGACUAUAAGACGAUCCUUUUGAUAAUUUGUUUACAAUUUUAUUAUGCUUUUUCUCGUGAAUAAAAGUGAUGUUAAGAUAUAGUAUAUAAAUAGAACCAUUCACAAUGAGAUUGAAUAUACGUAAAUUCAUUUUCGUGGGCGGGAUCUUCGUUGUAAUAUGGUUAUUAAUAUCGUACUCUUCUAUGUUUGUACCGGUGGUUAAAUCGAAAAAUAGUGCCUCUGAAAUGGAGUUGGAACUCGAUAAAUUACAAAAUAAAAUGAAGGACCAGUUGAGUGAUAGUUACAAAUUGUUAGAAAAAGUUAAAAGUCAUUUAAAAUUUAGUGAAGAGAAAAAUAUUCAAGAAAAAGCUAAGGAGUCUCUAAAUUCGGAGAAUGAAGUUGAUAUGCCUCAGAGUAACACAGUGUUACCAGUAUUAGUGAUAGCUUGCGACCGAGUCACAGUGAAGAGGUGUUUGGACAAUUUAGUGAAAUUUAGACCAGACAAGGAUACAUUCCCUAUUAUAGUUAGUCAGGAUUGCGGUCACAAUGAAACCUACAAAGUGAUCCGAUCGUUCACGGACGUCGAUCCGUCAAUCACAGUGGUUCAACAACCCGAGCUGUCUGAAAUACCGCUACCCCGUGCAAAGGUCAAGUUCAAGGGGUAUUACAAGAUAGCCAGGCACUACCGCUUCGCUCUGAACCAUGUCUUCGUAGGCUUGGAGUAUGAUGCUGUCAUUAUUGUUGAAGAUGAUCUCGACAUAUCUCCAGAUUUUUUCGAGUAUUUUUUGGGAACCUAUCCCCUAUUAUAUAAGGACCCUAGUAUAUGGUGUAUAUCAGCAUGGAAUGACAAUGGAAAGAAAGAAUUAAUAGACUUAUCUCGGCCUGAACUUCUGCAUAGAACAGAUUUCUUUCCUGGCCUUGGCUGGCUGCUAAAGAGAGACACAUGGCUACAAUUGGAACCCAAAUGGCCUGAAGCAUUUUUCGAUGACUGGCUUCGGGAUCCUGUCAACACGCAAGGCAGGGCUUGCAUUAGGCCUGAGAUAUCCAGGACGUACAGCUUUGGAAAGAUAGGCGUAAGCAAAGGCCUAUUCUUCGACAUGCAUCUCAGAUACAUGCAGCUUAACAUGGAGUUUGUGGAGUUUACUAAACUUAACCUCACUUAUUUACUUAAGGAAAAUUACGACGCUUCCUUCACAAACCUAGUGUCGAAACUACCGGAAAUGUCGCCCGAGGACGUGAAGUCCGGCGCGGGAACCGAACCCGCGGUCCGCGUGUCCUAUUCCUCCGCCAAAACCUACCAGAGGGCUGCUAAGCGACUUGGCCUUAUGGACGACUUUAGAAGUGGUAUCCCCCGAACUGCCUACCGUGGUAUAGUGACAUGCUUUAUAAGAAACCGACGCGUCUACCUUGCGCCGAGUUACGAGUGGACCAAAUACGAUCCACACUGGGGAUAGUACCUGUUUACAUUAAAGGACAAUGAGCAAAACACAAGAUCCUUGGUUCUCAGUAGAAAUGUGCAUUAUUGCUACUUAAAAAAAAAAAACUUUGAUUAUUUUUGAAGGAAAAAUUCCUUUAGUACCAUUGUGAUUUGAAACUCAACGAAACGAAAACCCGACGCUAAAAAAAUUAUUUUUAAACUUGGUAAUAAUAUCAUAAAUAUAUACCUACAUAUACAAACGUUCUCCGCCUUCCUCAGAAAAAAAACCACCAAUGGUGGAGCACUGUGUUUGGUGGCGCGCUCUUGGUAAGGCCUAUGUCCAGCAGUGGACGUAUACAGGCUGAUGGAAAGGAAAUACAAACGUACCGUGGUAUAGUGGAUGCUUUAUAAGAAACCGAUGCGUUUACCUCGCGCUAUGAGUGAACCAAAUACGACCCACACUGGACCGUAUUUGGUCCACUCAUUCCUCUGGCUGGAUGAGGAAGGCGGAGGACCGUGUUUUGGUGGCGCGCUCUUGGUAAGGCCUAUGUCCAGCAGUGGACGCAUACAGGCUGAUGGAGUGGAAUGGAAAUACAAACGUACCGUGGUAUAGUGGAUGCUUUAUAAGAAACCGAUGUGUUUACCUCGCGCUAUGAGUGGACCAAAUACAACCCACACUGGACCGUAUUUGGUCCACUCAUACCUCUGGCUGGAUGAGGAAGGCGGAGGACCGUGUUUGGUGGCGCGCUCUUGAAAAGGCCUAUGUCCAGCAGUGGACGUCCACAGGCUGAUAAUGAUGAUACCUGUUUACAUUAAAGGAUAGUAAGCAAAACGCAAGGGCCUUGGUUCUCAGUAACAUUGCUACUUUUAAAUUAUUUUUCGGGUUUCGUACCUCAAAAGGAAAAACGGAACCCUUAUAGGAUCACUUUGUUGUCUGUUUGUAUGUCAUGCCUGUCAAGAAAACGUAUAGGGUACUUCCCGUUGACCUAGAAUCAUGAAAUUUGGUACGUAGGUAGGUCUUAUAGCACAAGUGAAGGAUCCGAAAACCGUGAAUUUGUGAUUACAUCACAAAAAAUAGAAUUUAGUGUCUUUUCGGCAAACUAAAGAAUAAAUGAAAUAAACUAUUAUAUUGCAUUCCGAUAGCAUUUUUAUUUAAAUGCAAUUCUCAUCCUUCUUUUUCUGUACAAUGUACCUGAAAAAUUUUGAAAAUCUUUUUUGUACAGAAUAAAAAAAAUCGCUUUUUAAUUUUAAAAAAAACGCCUUUAUGUAAAAUGUGAUGAAAUUCUGUAUUCUGCUUAAAAUAAUAAUAAAACAACGUGGCUAAUUCUUUUGUACACAAUAUCUAAACUAAACUGGCAAGUCCAUAUCUAGUGCUAUCCUUUUCCGCCGGCAGCAUUACGAAAGGGACAACAAUAGAAUAAAACAAUGUGGCUAAUUCUGUACACAAUUUCUUAACUAAACUGGCAAGUCCGAAUCUAGUGCUAUCCUUUUCCGGCGGCAGCAUUAUGAAAGGGACAACAAUAGAAUUAGCCCCGAUUUCCUACUUUUAACUUGCUCAAAAAUCAUUUUUAUAAAAAAAAAAACUUUGUAAAGUACCUACUCUAUAAAUAAAUAAGUAAGAAUUUUUCUUUAUAAAAUCUAAAUAUACUUAAUUUUGAAAACUUUGUAAGGUUUUUUCCUCGCAACAUGCAGCCCUGAUUUCGAUUAUAUGCUUAGUAAAACUAAAUUUGUUAUAAAUAACGUUUAAUUUUUCCCUUUUUUAUAGUUAAUACAUUUAUUUAUAUUAGCCAUCUGUUCUGGUUAUUUUCUAUAAACUACAUUUAAAGAAAAAAAAAUUCAAACUAAAUUUAGAGUAUCUGCAUGUUUUUCUCUUCAACAUUAAAAAAAAAAACUAUGAAAAAUCAAAUAUUUAAUAACAAUUUAAAAGAUCAGUGCUACCACGCUCAAGACAUGUUUUGUCU